AGUAAAAGUUGGGAUCGGAGCUCUAGGGAGAGAGACAGAGAAACGGACAGGAGGAGGCAAAGGGAACCGUACAAUUACACGGGGAUUUCGGUGCCUUUUCGGCGAGCGUUAACCAAAGAGGCAAACACAGGUUUAUUGUUCAUUUUUGUGACAGAGGAAAGCAGAUAAGGAGAGGCAGAGGGGGGCAGGCGGCUCUCUCUGAAAGUUCAAGCCAGAAUUUCGCUCGUUAACUGCCGGAGGACAAGAGAGAAAGAGAGAGAAGAGACGUGCGAGGUGUCUGCUUUUGGAUUUAGAUUUAAAAACGACAGCGUGUGUGUUACAGAAAGCUGAAUUGAAUGAGCAAAAGUUUAAAGUUUUGGCGCCGCGGCGGUCGUUAAAUGUUGUGACAUUUUCGGACGUCGCAAGUUGCUCCCAGCGGUCGACAGUCGAGUGGCGGAGGGGGUGAGAACCCGAGCUGUCAAACCCGAUGACUACUGCAAACUGCCCCGGGAAUGAGGAGCUGGACUUCAGACUGAUUUUCGGAGAGGACGGGCAGCAGCAGCCUUUAGGGCCCGCAGAUCUGGAGCCUGAUGACAACACACCAUUCUUCAUCCUAAAUGUGGGCCAGGCCCAGUCCAUGGUCACUAACCACCAGCCUAUUGGCCUGCCUCGUCAUGGCAUGCACUCCCACCCUCAGGUCAUCAGCACCUCACCACGCUUUCCAUCGCACAAAACAGGAUCUGAGCCCCUAAGCUAUGAGGCACAAGGCUCUAAGUAUGGCACCUCACCGCUGCUGGCCUCUGCUCCUGUGGAGGCACCAAAAGCCUUUGAGUGCCCCAGUAUCCAGAUCACCUCCAUCUCCCCUAGUUGCCAGCAGGAGAUAGAUGGCAGUGAGGGGGAGAUGACGAAUGGUCCUGAUAGGGAUUACCAUGGUGACAGGCCCCUGUCCAGAGACCACCUGUAUUUGCCACUGGACCCCUCAUACAGGGACUCCUCACUCAGCCCUAGCCCUUGCAGCAGCCUCUCCUCUAGGAGCUGGUUUUCUGAUGCCUCAUCUUGUGAAUCAUUUUCACAUGUAUAUGAUGAUGUUGACUCAGAGCUGAAUGAAGCAGCUGCAAGGUUUAGUCUGGGCUCCCCUCUGACUUCUCCAGUUUGUGCGUCCCCACAGGCUGUUGGUGGAGUUCUGGAGGAGCAGUCCCCAUGGCAGCACCAUCACCCCCCCUUUGUGCACCACUCUCACUCCACCCUAUCUCCUCGACAAUCCCCCUGCCAUUCACCACGCAACAGUGUCACUGAUGAAAAUUGGCUUAGCCCACGGUCUCCUUCCAGGCCCUCUUCACGACCAACCUCACCCUGUGGGAAAAGGCGACACUCCAGUGCCGACAUUUGCUAUCCCAGUUCCCUAUCUCCUCAUCACUCACCUACACCGACGCCAGGACCUUCCCCCAGGGGGAGCGUGACAGAGGACACAUGGGCUGGGAGUCCCACAGGCAUGUCACCUUUUCAGUGCUGCCCCUCUGAGACGGACAUCCCAUCAAAGACAAGGAAGACCUCACAGGAUAGAUCAUCUCUGCAGACAGGAAAAGGAGAGCUGACAUUAGAUGACCAGGAAAAUCUGUCUUCUAACCUGGAUUCUCCCUCAGACGAGACCCUGCACAGUCUGAAGAAAGAUGGGCCUGCGGAACAGUUCCUCUGUGUGCCCUCACACUUCUCAUGGAAUAAACCCAAGCCUGGUCAUACACCUAUAUUCAGGACAACAUCGCUCCCUCCAUUAGACUGGCCAUUGCCAAGCCAAUUUGGCCAGUAUGAGCUGAAGAUAGAGGUGCAACCCAAAGCCCACCACCGUGCACACUACGAGACUGAAGGCAGCCGAGGAGCUGUGAAAGCAGCAUCUGGUGGCCACCCAGUUGUCAAGCUCACUGGUUAUGGUGAAAAGCCUGUGAACCUGCAGAUGUUUAUAGGAACAGCAGAUGACCGCUACCUGAGGCCUCAUGCCUUUUACCAGGUGCACCGAAUCACUGGCAAAACUGUAGCGACGGCCAGCCAAGAAAUCCUGGUCUCCAGCACCAAAGUUCUUGAAAUCCCUCUGCUUCCUGAAAACAACAUGUCAGCCAGUAUUGACUGUGCUGGGAUACUAAAGCUGCGGAACUCAGACAUCGAGCUGCGGAAGGGGGAGACGGAUAUAGGACGAAAGAACACACGGGUCCGCGUGGUGUUCCGAGUGCACAUCCCUCAACCCAACGGGAAGGUGUUGUCCCUGCAAGCUACCUCUAUUCCUGUGGAGUGCUCCCAGCGUUCAGCACAGGAGCUGCCGCAGGUUGAAAAGUCCAGCCUCACCAGCUGUCUGGUCAGUGGGGGUGAGGAAAUGGUGAUCACUGGUUCCAACUUCUUCCCAGAGUCCAAGGUUAUCUUCCUGGAGAAAGGCCCUGAUGGACGACCACAUUGGGAAGUUGAAGCAAAAAUUAUUCGUGAGAAAAUCCAGGGCUCAUGCAUUGUCGUGGAAAUCCCUCCAUACCACAGUAAGACCGCGACUUCAGCUGUGCAGGUGCAGUUUUAUGUCUGCAAUGGAAAACGGAAAAGAAGCCAAUCGCAACGCUUCACCUACCUUUCAGUGAUGGUGAAACAGGAGCACAGAGACGAGCUGGACCUUACUGCUGCACCCCCCAUUUCUAUGCCCCUGACACAUGGUCCCAGUCUGGUGCACCCUCAGCUGCCUUCUCCUGAGCAGGGCCACCCAUCGGACAACCUUCUGUCAAGCUCUCUUCACAGCCUGGCCAUGGGCUCCGGACCUGGCCUUCUACCUCUGCCGGUCCCCUGCCCCUCCCUGAGCUCCCCGCCUUUUCAGCACCUGCCUCACCUCCAGGGUCACAGUUUGCACAGCCCCCCUGCAGAUUGCCACAUGACGUUCCACCAGAGCACAGUUCCUGCUCCCCCCAGGCCCACUUACCAGCCUUUGCAACCCAGCCACAGUCCAAGUCAUAGCCUGUCCUUCAACGGCCAGCCCAGCCUUUCUUCUCAGAGCUAUGAGAGGAUGCCCUUUCAGCAGAGCCCCACCACAGUGUCACACCCAAUAGGCCUGGGAAUAGUUUACUCAAAUAGUUGCUCCUCGCCGUCUGCUCUUUCUUCUUCACCCACCAAUCCCAUUGUUGGAUCCCCUCAGAACCAUCAGCCUAUGCUGUCCCCCUCAUCCCCACACCUCCACACACUUGGAGGCUUUCACUGCUCUCCAAAUCCUAACCAGGUACCAUCUCAGGGAGGACACCCCCUUACUGGGCAGCACUCCUCACAGCUGCAGAGAGGUCUAGGCUACCACCCAGUAAGCCAAAGGUCAGCUUCCUGUCCCACACCUUCCACUGCCCCCUCACAACGAAUGAUCUCUUCCCCUCAUUCUGGACCUUCUUCUCCUCAAGUCCACUCUCUGCCCUACCAGUCCCCCACUUCAUCCUCCCCCACCUCAGGUGGCAGUCCCCUGGGGGCCCUGCAGCAUUCAGGACAGCCAUCUCCACAGGCUACGAGUCCUGUCAUGACCAGUUUGUCCCCUGCCGCUGUGGGGCCACUGGUUCAUCCUCUAAGUCCUCAGGGGCCGUUUGCGUCUGAAGGGGAGAGGUUGAAUAUUAAGCAAGAGCCGGAGGACAGGGAGCCCACCUUCCGCUCCAUCGGCCUGCAGGACAUCACGCUGGAUGAUGUUAAUGAGAUCAUCGGCAGAGACAUGUCCCAGUCCCCCAGUGCUCACGGCCCUUCAGUGGCACGCAACCAUUCGUAGCUCAGAUCUUUGCUCAAACCGCCACGCAGCAUCACCUCCAGCUCAUAAAUCCUGCAAACUCUCGGAGCUACAGCAAGAAUCCAGCCUAAUUAAGGUGACCGUCCUGGUGGAAGAAUAUUGAAGAAUGUGGUGAAAGGCAAAGCAACGUCUCUCUUAUUUCACGUCAAUCAAAAAAUAUAUCUUUGAGAUCUUAGAGAUGUAGAUGGAAAAAUGCAUGACUUCACACAGAUAUAAAGCAGAAACAUGCUCAGGACAGAGCAGACAUGUAGAUCCAGAGCAGAGCUCUUUGCUUUUCAAAGCUGUCUGUAGGCUUGUGUUUAAACAUCUGUCCAUUCACAGCUCUGCUGUCUUCCUGCCGAUCAGCUCUAACCUCUACGAGCCUCUCACUUGUGAGAGACGUUUUCUGUUUUUCACAACCUCUCACCAGCAUCGACUCAUGAAUUAAAGAUGUAGCUUACAGCUUUGUUGCAGAUAUCCAGGGCUGUGUUUCCUGCUUCUUUGGAAAUUUGUUUUCUAUAAACCUUUAUCUGAACUCUUCUAACAUCCAUUAAAGAAAAGAGCUGAGGCUUGAUUUUCCACAGAAUCACGUUAAUUCAAAUCAAAGUUUUUUCUCCAAUAGUGUGAAGAAAGUUUUGUUUCGACCUUAAAGAUAAACGUCGUCAGGUGUUGGAGUACAGCAGCUUGUUUUUCUUCUGCAAAAUGCAACAUUCCACAAACUUGCAGCUGUGUAGAUGUCUGUACAUUGACGCACCCCGUUUCUUCCGAUAGAGCUCUCGCUUUUUUCUUUUGCUUCCUUAAAAAAAAUGCCUUAUUAAUGUUUAGCAGCUCUAAACUGUAGCACAAGCUUUUCUUUUUGUUUUCCCGACAGACUUUAAGACUGAAGAGUGUAUCUUUUUUCAGAACCAGACGAGCUUCACUGAGGGUUAUGAUUUCACUGUAAAAUGAUUGAAUUCGGGUUUUAUUUGACAAUUCAUAGAGGUUUUUUGUUGGUCCUUAGAGAUGGAGCUCUCUGCCACCAAAACUUUGUUUUCUCCCCUCAAAUGUGCCUUUGAUUUCCCAACACAAUACUUUCAUAUGACAGCCUACUCAGGCUUUGAUGAAAAAUGUUCUAACAAAAAUUGUGAAAGUAUUUAUGCAUAAAGAUGUCUGUAUAUUGUAUUAAUGUAGUGUCCUUAUUUCUAAAGAACAAUGUAAAAUCCUAGAAUCCAGAGAGCAAAAUCUGGACGUUUUGGGGUCUUCCAAACCUUUCUGCUUGCAACAAUCAAUGUUUGCUGUCCACAAUCAUAGAGUUCUCUUAAACUGUCUCCAGAAUGGCUUUUAUGCAAGGUGAUUUGUUCCUGUAUUUUCCCGACUCGCACAAAGUCAUGCUCCUGAGAUAGACGACGCAGAAAGACCGAUCCAGAUGCUGGUUUUAUGAUUUCCACUGACUUUUUAUUUUGCCUUAAGAUUGAUGGUGGUUUUAAGUCAGUUUCCAGGUGAAAAUGAUUCUGCUAUGCAUUGAUAUUCUGCUUGAUGCCUUUAAAAAUAAUAAAAACUAAAAAAAUAAUUACCUUGAUGCCUCUAGGAGUAGAUUGUAGACUCGUAGGUGCUGGAAUGGAGGACACAGCGUAAGCAUCUUAAUUCAGUUGUUUGUUGGUAGCUGUUUGAACCAAAUUUCUCAGACAUAAGGGAACUUUCCAACAACAGAAGCACACACGUUUAGGCUAUGCAAACUAUAACAGCAGCAACUGUGAGACAAGAUGUUAAAUAUGAGGUAAAGUUCCUGAAAAAUUGCUAUGGACUUCACAGAGAGAAACAGAAACUCUCAAAAGAAGAGAAUAUUAUCAUGUUAUGUGAAUUGUUGGGAUGCCUUAGAUCCUGUUUGUAAACCAGUUGAUCUAAAUGCUCUUCUGAGUUUGUUUUCUUUCCCAAAAUGACAGAGAUUGGUCAAUAAUUGUUGAUAUGGUUGUACAUUUCGGGUUCGCAGGGUCAACCUAAAGGGUUGGGGGGGAGAAUGAAGAGGGAUGUUUGCAUUAAUGUCAAUUCUGCAGCUGGAGACUUCAGUCGACAACAACAAAGACAAACCCACCCAACAUCGACAAUAAACUCUGGCCUCUGUUGGUCCUUUUCUGUCGCAACCAAAGAUUGAACAAUUUGUUCCUAUUUUAGUUAAUAGCAAGGCUGCAAAGACUGUACAAUUCUAUUUUUGAUACUUUCAAAUGGAUGUCAUUCCUAAGAGGUUAAAGACAUGAAUAGGUGUCUGUCAAAACUAUAUAUACACAGUUUGUAAAAUAAAAGGGAAAUACAGGUUUAGCUGAUGUUUACCAAGCCUUGUAUUGUCAUUUCUUGUAUAUUUUGUAUGUUAAAUGUUUUGUAAUUUUUAAGACUGCAGUGCUUUUUUUCUCUGAAAUUAUUCAAAGGGAAUGGAUGAUACUUUGCAUCAUACUGUAGGCUUUAACGUAGUGUAUCAAUAAAACAGAAAAUUCA